GAGGCGGUGGUGACGGCCUCUGCCUGGCAAUUCGCUUUGUAGUUUCUUUUGGUUAUCUAGGUUGAUUUCUGGACAGAAUGUUGCCAUACUGAUUCCGAAGCAUUUAUAUAUGAGUCACUUAGGGACUGAGGGUUUGGUUCGAAAAUCCUGCUUGUUGAAAAACAAAAAACCGGGCCGGAGAUUUGGCCCAGCAGCAUGAGCGCCUGCCUGGCAAGUGCGAAGUUGCGAGUUCGAUUCACGGUUUAAAAAAAAAAAAAAAAAAAAAGGACCCAAAAUAUGUAGUUAUAAUUGUCAUUUUACUAAAGUCACGGGCGUAAUAUAUUUACAUUAUAGACAGCUAAUUUAGGAAAUACUGUGGGCAGUCAGACAGGGCUAGGCCUUCGGGGGAGUCCAUGCAAAAGAUGAGAGCACAUUCCAAUUGUGGCUGCAGGCGCAUCUGUUGGAGACCGGGCCUCAAGAUAAAGGGGAAAUGACCAGGCCUGCAGGCCUCCUCAAGGGAUAAGCAACACAUUAACAUCAGGCGUCCUGGUAGUAUAAAUACUUGAUGAUUUUGUGGAUCUGACUGGUUUAUAACUUCGGAAGAAACAAUGGAAAGCCAAGAAUUUAUUGUCCUGUAUACUCAUCAAAAGAUGAAGAAGGCCAAAGUGUGGCAAGAUGGAACCCUGAAGCUUGGUCCUGCAGGAAGCAAGGCAAUUUUAUAUGAUGACAAAGGAGCUUGCUUGGAAAGUCUAUUUCUGAAAUGUCUUGAGGUGAAACCUGGAGAUGACUUAGAAAGUGAUCGAUACUUAAUCACUGUUGAGGAGGUAAAGGUUGCUGGAAGCCUAGCUGCUAAGCAGGAAGUCGUUAGAGAAGCGCCACCUUGGAGUUCUAGGAGUUUUGCUGGCCGUUUCCGGGGGUGUCAGCCCCCUGGCUUAAAGCGGAAAUAUACUGGUUUUCAAGGACCACGUCAAGUGCCAAAGAAAAUGGUUGUUACGGAAAAUGGAGACUGGCCUGCGUCCUUUGAGGCUGGCGCUACUUUGUUUUCUCCAUCCUGCAGCAGCCUGCCUCUGUUUCCUACUGUGGGCAGGAAGGAAAUGAGUAACAUGCAGACAGUCCCCCACAGCGCCAUCGCUGCCCAGGCUGGAGCGAGCCAGGGCCCCUGCCCUUCCACUUCCUUGGAACCGAGCCCCAGAGUGCCAUGGGAAGCAGGCACCUCUCUGGGCUCUGGACGGCGGUGUGAAGACGCUGUGCUGGCCACAGAGCCCAGCAGACGACACAGCCCAGCGUCGCACUGCCCUGGAGCCCCACAGCAGCAUGUCCGAAGCCAAGCACAGAUCUUAGCUCUCCUGAAGUCCACACCAACAACCAUACCUGAGCUUCGGGAUGCUGAGCCGGUGGGACACCCAGGGCAGCUAUGGACUCCAGCUGUGUGCGGAGCUGGCCUGGAAGGGCACACUGAGGCACUGGGCGCAGAGCGGCCCCACAGCCCGAGGCAGCUGGAGACUGCUGCAGCCAGCCGGAGCCGCUGGGCAGUGUAUUUAUCCCCGCAAGACUCCGAGGCAGCUUCUGCCAGUGGUGCCGGUGGUGGGGAGAGGCAGGCGGCAGAGCAGGAAAAUGACGCAUGUUUGAAUCUCGAAGACCUUUUGGAACAGAAAAGAAUGCAGGCCUUUGGAACACAUGCUGAAAUUGGCAAGAAGCAUCGUGAAGACGAGCUGGGGGACAGGAGCGCGAGCUGGCAUCAGGCUCCCAAAAAAGAACCUUUGUUAGGCGGCAGUGCACUGGUAUGCUGCAGCAGUGCAGGGCAGGGUGGGCUGCUUGCAGAAACCACUGUUGGUGGAAAUGACAAAGUACCUUUCAGUGGACAGGACCAGGGGUGCAUGGGUGGCCCCCCAGGACAGGACCUUCACUGCGCAGCACAGUCUCCUACAGCCUCGGGAUGUCAGGUGUCUUCUCUGAGUCAGGAUUCUAACACCCUGGACGACGAUGUGGAACCAGUUUCUGAAAAUGGCACUGCCAAUGAGAGACAGGGUGGUGUCCUGGGAUCCGGAGGGAAUGGGACACAGCCGUUUUUGGAGGUAACCUUUAACCUGAGCAAUUUUGAGACAAGUGACUCGGAGGAGGAAUCACAGGAAAGCAGUGGCCUUUCCCAGGGUGCAGGGACCUGGGCAAAGGGCAGUUCCUAUGUUCAAAAGCCACAUGAGGGUUUAGGCUGUCAAGAAAUUAGCAGUGAACGUUUGCCAUGCUUACCCUCUGUGGGUCACGGGUGGACAGAGAAAUGUUCUGUUAAAGAGACGCUGUCGCAGUUUUGUGAUAAAACUUGUAUAGGUAUUGACCCAGGACCUUGUGAAGAUGGGAACGCUGGAGAAGAGGACGAUAGCGACCUGGCCAGCAGUUCCAGCCCUUCGGUGGCAGGGUGUGCUGGUGAAUCUGUGGAGGACGUGGAGGACACUGACAGGUCUUGCCAGACCAUCACACGUCCCUCUGAUUUUGCCUCACUCUCAAAUAAAUCUAAAGGAACAGGUGCAGAUUUACAUACUCCUGACCUUUUAGACAUAGCUACUAACCAGGCUUCUAAAAACAAUGACUUACUUUCCCAUCAACAACCUUGGCCUUUCGUUUUGGGAAGUGUCUUAGAUAACGAUGCCAAGCAGGUUUCCUCGCCCAUUUCUGGCCAUGACAGCAGUGUCCGGACGUUUGAUGGUCUUCGGGGUCAGUCAAAACAUGCUGCACUUGGUGAGUCCCAUUCCCAGGCUUGCAGCUCUUUGCUUGCCCUUUGGGAAGCAAAGCAGCCUCUUUACCAAGACACUGAAGUGUGUAUUCCUGAAUGCGACGACUCGAGGAGUUCUCGUGUACCCCGUGACUGUGGCCAUAUUGAAGUGGAACCUGCCAGAAACAGCAGCUCGUCCUGGAGUAAUCCUGGCGACUCGUUGGAGCUCUCUGGAGUAGUCAGUCACAUUUCCCCUUUGAAGUCUCUGUCUGCACACAGCACUGCUUUAGAAAUCGUGGAAAUGCUGCCAAGGCAGGAUGCGGCCUUCACACCGCCAGGAACACUGCAGGCAGAAGAGCCAGAGAGCCAAGCUGAAGCUAGGAAACCGUGUAUUAGGAUACCAUUUAUUCCUCACCUGAAGCAGGGUUCUCAACAGAUACUAGAAGACAAUGAAGUUGAACCAAGUAACCCUCUUCAGACUCCACAGCCUGUUGAGUUUCAAGGCCAUCAAGUGACAGGCUCAGCUCGCAGCAGCCUGAUACUCAGAGGCCCCAGCUCACAGCCACAGUGGGGUCGGUUUCUGAGCAGCACUAGCAAAGGAGCUCCCUUGGCUGACGUGCGUGUGCUGCUGCCAGAGCUUGGAGGCAUGCGGGUGCAGACCAAGCCCUCACAGAUGGCCUCCCCAGAACAGAGGAUCUCUACGUGGAGUCCCCCGUCUACUUUUUCUUUGGACUCAAGGCACAAAGACUUGAUGGUGGAAUUCUCUGAAGAGUCGCUGAGAGCGAGAACGUUACCUGGAAUGCAAAGAUUUAGUUCUUUGGAGAACUUGCAUUGGCCACCACUGGGGAGUAGAGCGCAGGCCCCGCUCACCACCUCGCCUAUAGCCGAGCCAAUGCAGGACCAUGCUCCCUCCUGGGUCAGGAUCAGCCAGGCACCUCAGGAGUCCCCCUUCCCCCCUGUGGAUGGAGACCCCAGGGCUCCUCCUCCGCGAGCCACCCCCUUCCCAGCAGAGUCCGCGGGCCUCUCCCUGCUAUUCCCCCCGAGCAAGUGGCUGAAGUACCAGAGCCCGGCUCCGCGAACCCUGCCCACUGGGGAUCAGGGAGCCCUGGAGGUGACCGCGGAUGGGACCAGGCUCCAGGGCGCAUCAGACUCCACGUGCGUGCAGAUGCUCAGGGCUGCGUUGCAUAGGGGCCCAAGGAUCACACCGAGGAUACAGGAGGCGCGAGGAGCAGCGGGGAGCCCCGGCCACGGGAGGCAGGGCUGCCAGGAGAUGAGCAGCUCCGAGCUGUGCUUCCCGAGUGGGCAGAGGCUGGAAUCGGCUCCUCUGCCGCGGCGGCAGACCUGUGUGCCCGCGGUGUUCCGGUCCCCUGCGCACUACCGGCAGACCUUCACAGCGUGUAUCACAGAACAUCUGAAUAUACUGCUGUUCGGCUUGGCCCAGCGGCUGCGCAGAGCCCUUUCGAAGGUUGACUUUGCGUUUUACAUGUCAGUUAAAGAGGAAAAAGUGAAGAACAUGGAAGGCAGCUUGCCUUGCUGUCACCACAGGGAGCCUGCGACCCUGGUCAUGGCUAGGAAAGAGGGGCCAAAUAAGGGUCGUCUCUUUUAUGCAUGUGACAGACCCAAAGCCGAGCAGUGUAAGUUUUUCAAGUGGCUGGAGGAGGUGACACCAGGCCAGGCAGCCCCAGCAGCGUUUCCACCCAAGGUGGCUCUGAGUGACAUGAAGAGCCUUGGCUUGUACCUGCAAGGUCAGCACAUCCCGCUCUACGAGGAGUGCCGGCUUCUGGUCAGAAAAGGAUUCGAUUUUCAGAGAAAACAGUAUGGCAAGCUAAAGAAGUUUACUAAUAUAAAUCCUGAAUGUUGCAAUGAACCCAAAAGCAAGCUUUAUCUUAAGCUGAGUCGUAAGGAAAGUUCUUCGAUCUACAGCAAAGAUGAUCUCUGGGUGAUUUCAAAAACCUUGGAUUUUGAACUGGACACAUUCAUCGCAUGCAGUGCUUUCUUUGGCCCAUCCUCUGCCAAUGAGGUGGAGCUGCUGCCUCUGAAAGGCUACUUCCCAUCCCGCUGGCCUGCUGAUGUUGUGGUCCAUGCGCUGUUGGUUUGUAACGCGAGCAACGAGCUGACGGCAUUGAGGAACAUCCAGGACCACUUUCACCCAGGAACGCUGCCCCUGACGCCGCACCUCUUAGCCAUGUCUGCAACCCCUGCGGCUGGCCAGGGGAGAGUGGAUGUGAGGAAGUUCACCCCGCCAGCCUUCAUUGGCAGGUGUGCCGAGCGGGAGCAGCCCAGUCGGGAUGCGGCGCUGCAGCUGGUGGGCGAGCUGGUCCGGACGCACGGGCUGAAUGAGGACCAGGAGGCGGCCCUGAGCCAGGUGGCCCUCAUGCUGACGGCCCCUGCUAGUUCGGACAGCGCCCCCACCCUCCCCUUCACCCUCAUCCACGGUGUUUUUGGCGCGGGCAAGAGCUAUUUGCUGGCGGUGGUGGUUUUGCUGUUCGUGCGCCUGUUUGAGCAGAGCGACACUGCUGUGGUGGGGAACGCACGGCCAUGGAAACUUCUCAUUUCUUCCUCCACCAAUGUUGCCGUGGACAGAGUGCUUCUGGGGCUUCUCAGCCUCGGGUUUGAGAAGUUCGUCCGGGUGGGCAGCGUCAGGAAGAUCGCCAAGCCGAUUUUGCCGUACAGCCUGCACGCCGGCCCAGGCAGUGACAGCGAGCCGCUGCGGGAGCUGCAGGCGCUGCUGAAGGAGUCGCUGACCCGCACCGAGAGGGCGUGUGUGCGGAGGAGCCUGGAGCAGCACCGGCUGGGCAGCACCCGGGCGCUGCUGAGGCAGGUCCCCGUGGUGGGUGUGACCUGCGCAGCCUGCCCGUUCCCCUGCAUGAGCGACCUGAGCUUCCCGGUGGUGGUGCUGGAUGAGUGCAGCCAGAUGACUGAGCCCACCUCGCUGCUCCCCAUCGCACGGUUUCAGUGUGAGAAGCUGAUUCUUGUGGGAGACCCCAAACAGCUGCCUCCUACGAUUCAGGGUUCUGAAGCGGCUCAUGAAAAUGGACUGGAACAGACUCUCUUCAGUCGGCUUUGCUUAAUGGGUCACAAGCCAAUCCCACUGAGAACCCAGUACCGUUGCCACCCCGCCAUCAGUGCUGUGGCUAAUGACCUGUUCUACGGUGGAAACCUGAGGGACGGUGUGUCGGAAGUGGAGAGGGGCCCCUUACUGCACUGGCUGCCAACCCUAUGUUUCUAUAAUGUCACAGGCCAAGAACAGAUCGAAAGAGAUAAUAGCUUUUAUAACAUGGCUGAAGCUUCCUUUACACUCAAGCUGAUUCAAUCGCUGAUUGCAAGUGGCAUUGUGGGCUCUAUGAUUGGGGUGAUAACAUUAUAUAAAUCCCAGAUGUACAAGCUCUGUCACUCCCUGAGUACUGGGGACUUUGGCCACCAUGAUUUGAAAACUGUGCAAGUGUCCACAGUGGAUGCUUUCCAAGGGGCAGAAAAGGAGAUUGUUAUUCUGUCCUGCGUCAGGACAAGACACGUAGGGUUCAUUGACUCAGAAACACGAGUGAACGUUGCACUGACCCGAGCCCGGAGGCAUCUGCUGAUUGUGGGAAAUUUAGCCUGUCUGAGGAGAAACAGGCUGUGGAGAUGCGUGAUCCAGCACUGCGAAGGAAGAGAAGAUGGAUUACAGCAGGCCAGCCAGUGUGAGCCACACCUGAACUGUCUCCUCAAAGAUUAUUUUGAAAAACAAGCAGAAGAAAAACAGAAGAGAAAGAAUGAAAAGGAGAAAUCUAAAGAGAAGUCUCAUUUACAAAAUGACAUGGACUAGGAAUUGUACUUAUGUAAAUUCAGAUUUACUUUAUGUUAUAUAUUUUUUAUUAUCACAAAAUACUUGGCAUAGAAAAAAACCCCUGUAUUCUUUGAUAUUUAAAUAAUGUACUAAAUAAGUGCAUUUUAAAAAGUUGGCUUUUUGAAUAAGUAUGCAUUAUUUAUAUUAAGAUAGGGGGAUGGGCUGUUUAUUUAUUUAUUUAUUUAUUUAUUUAUUUAUUUUGGCACUGGGUAUCAAACUCACAACCUUUUGCUUGCCAGGCAGGCACUUAUGCCACUGAGCUAAACCCCGGCCUAUUUAUGUAUUUUGGAUUUUUGAGACAGGAUCUUGCCAUGUAAUCCAGGCUGACAUUGAACUCAACUGUAGUUUUCGUGCCUCAACCCUCCUGAGUGCAAGGAUUUACAGGUUUGUGUCAUACCUCCCAGUUUAACAAUGUACUUUAAAAAUAUGUGGUUAUCACAAAACCUCAUUUCUGAGAACAGGUAUACAACUCCUUUCCCAACUAUAAUUGUAUCAGAAUUUUUUAGAAAUAAAUACACUCCCUCACUAUCUAAAGUAAAAGCAUUCACAAUGAAACUUCUGAAAAGUAUGAAAGGGAAGAAAGAAAAUACUAAAAGUUCACUGAAGAUAGCAGCACUCCAUACCUGAGCUGCAUGGUGUCUUAAAUCUGAGGUUUAAACUGGAUUCUUUGGUUUUACUCCCCAAGUCCCUCCAUCCUCAUUCUUAAUUUUUAGUCUUCUUGGCCACCAGAGGUAAGUUUCAAGUCAUUUUGUUUCUUCAAGCAGAGUAUGAGAUGGUAAGUCCUCUUUUGCAUUUGUGAUUUGUGAGCACUUGCUUGCGUUUCAUAUGUACUAGUGAUGCCUCUUUUGAACCUUCACCCUCUCAGGCUGCAUUCCUGUCACAUACACUGAGAGUGCUAGUGGGCUUCGCUUGUGGGCAUCUGGAGUAGAGUGCUUGCCUUUUGUGCUCAGUCCCCAGCACUGCUAAAAACUGUGUUUGUGUAUCUAUACUCCAAGUAUGAUUUUGGGCAUAAAAUUACGGACAUUUGCUACUAAAAGUGAUGUUUAGAAGUUUUUUGUCUUUGUAAUUGUUUUUAAUCUUAGUUUUUCUUUUUAGUGCUAAGAACCAAACCUACCACCUUGUUCAUGCUAAGCAAGACUAUGCCACUGAGCUACAAUCCCCACUUCAAGAACUGAUUAUUAACAAAAGUAUUUUAAUAGCUGGUGUUUGUUUUGUUUUUUUGAGACAGUCUCAUUCUGUGGUUCAGAUUGGGUUUAAACUCACUAUGUAGCCCAGGUUGAUCUUAAACUCUUGGUGAUCCUCCUGCCUCAGCCUCCCAAGUGCUAAAAUGACAGGUGUAUGCCACCAUGUUCUGCUGUGAUUCUCAACAUUCUUGUAAGUAUCCAAAGUAGGUUAAAAAUAAUAUAUUUGUUUUGUGCUCUGCAUUCUUCUGUAGCCAAUGCCUGUCCUUAGCAGCAUACGCUUCUCACUUGUAUAACUUGAAAAAAACUACAAGUUAAAAUCAAAGGUUACGAAGCUCAGCUUAAUACUUAAUAAAACCUAACUCACUGCUCCUUUACAUUUGACCAAAUGAUUGAUUUAGAGAUAACAGAGCAAACCCAAAAUGCUGCAUGCUCUUGACUGUGUUUUAAUUUAAAGACAGAUAUGAAAUGGCUAUAUACUAAUUCAAUUUUUUACAUUAAAUAAGAAUGAACUGGAAAUUGGUGAUUUCCUUGACAGAUACUGGACCCUGAAAUGAAAUAAUUCUUCUAAAAACAUUAGAUUAACGCUGAUUUGAAAUGCCUGCUUUGUAAUUACUCAUGAGUGAAAUGCAUGUUUAGUUCAAGUUGUACUUUUGGUUCACAUUAGCACAAUUGGAUUAUAAAGUAAAGGAAAAUUGUAGACCAAA